AUGACAACCAAAACCCCCGUCCUCACCGAAAAGGCCCCCAAGCCUUUGCCUGGUAUCUACUCCCAGGCCAUCAUCGCCAACGGUGUUGUCUACUGCUCCGGUGCCGUACCCAUGGACGCCGAGACUGGAAAAUUGAUUGAUGGCGACGUUAAAGCUCACACUCACCAAUGCAUCAAAAAUCUGACCCACGUCCUCGAAGCGGCUGGUUCCUCGAUUGACAAGGUUGUUAAAGUGAAUGUGUUUUUGGAUAAUAUGGAUAACUUUGCGGAUAUGAAUUCGGUGUACACGCAGUAUUGGGGGGAUGUUAAGCCUUGCCGAACUUGCGUUGCUGUCAAGACUUUGCCGCUUAAUACGGACGUUGAAAUUGAGUGUAUUGCAGUUCUAUAG